UGCAGCAUGAGCUACGGCACGCGAGGUCAUCUGCAGAAACACUACCACUCUCGGCAGCACUUGACGAGGCUGUGUGUGAACCUGCGCUAUGAUGAGGCAGCUAUGGACAUCAAGAGCCUGCCCCCAAACUUUCUGCGUUCCCUCACGGUGGACGAGAAUACAGGCAUGUUGUCUAAAACUGAGGUGGAUAAAAUAGCUAAGUUCAAGGAAGAACAGAAUAACAAGAAGUCUCCUACUGCUCCUGCAUCUCAUAUGAGCUGCUGA